AAGUCUAGUGCGAAGAGAGCUGUGAUGUACCACAUAUGGCUAACACUCCAGAAGGAUUUCAAAUCAAAUGGGCUUCCCCCCGGACUUCCUGAAAGUGAGACCAGCUGCCGAUACAUGUAGCCAAUUUGCCAACCAUCUCCUUUUUAAAGAACAAGAUGAUGAUGUGAUCUCAAGGAAAGUCUUACAGAAGAGGCCACAGUUCUGGUUUUUAAAGGCUGUAAUGGGUGCCGUGAUUAGAGGAGAGACGGGUGUCUCAUAACUAACAGUAACACACUCUUGGCCCUAAUUUGAAUUGGGUACUUAUGUUUAAAGUCGAAAAUAGCAAUAGAAAAAUGUGGAACUCAAACCGUUGUCUCCAGAUAAACAUCUUGUAGUAACGAUGACUUGAGAAUGUUCGGAGUGCGGCGAGCUUGGACGUGGUCACGAAGCAUCUGCGUGGCAUUCUCUUUGAUGAGAAACGAAGAGGAGAGAAAAAGCCACCAAGCGCCCUAAGGGAACACGUCUUGGUUCUUCCCUUGCAUCUUUGCAGGGGCUGAGAUGUUCUCCAAGAAGAGAGGCUUUGGGCCGGAUAGGUCGUGGAGAGUUCAUUUCAAGUCCCAUUCUCAGCCUUAGAGACAGAGAGAGAGAGAGAGACAGACAGACAGACAGGCAUACAGACAGCAAGAGCCCUGGACAUCGACCCAGAUGCAGAGGCGCAGUGUGUGAAGCGACGCUUGCUGGGUACUGUGGCUGCCCCACAGGAUACCCACGGAGAGCAGGCUGCCCCAGCUGACCGCCUGUAAGCGGCAAAGGCCCGGUGGCAUCAGAGCCGAGUGAUGGACGAUCUGCGGUCCCAGAACCUCUCCGUGGACAUGACUGAGUCCACUCCCGCCUUGGCCAGUAACAGACUGGAGAAUGGCAUGACCCAGCUCAUCACCACCGAGGCCUGGAACAUCAACUCCACUGACCUGGUAAAGAAGGCCCUGGUGACCGUGCCGGCCCCGUCCAUCCUGAACCCCCCGGCCGAGUCCCAGAGCGGCAUGGCUCUGAAGGUGGCAGCCACCGUGCUGCAGCCCCUGUGCCUCGGGGAGAGCCCAGUGGUGAUGCCCAUUCACAUGCAGGUGGAGGGAAGCUCCGCGCCCGAGCUCCAGCCUAAUGGCAACGCCGCCUAUGUCAUGACCACGCAGGGCCCCGUGCAGCUGCCCGUGGUGCUGGAGCAGCACGUCUUUCAGCACCUCAACUCCCCUCUGGUCCUGCCGCAGGAGGCCCCGUGCUCCUCCAGUGCCAUCCACAACAACCUGUUCCAGGGAGCCGAGGACCCUGAGGCGCAGCCCCAGCUCCUGGACCUGCGCAUCCCCAACCAGCCGCAGGAGCCCACCUUGCCAUUCGAAGCCGUGCUCCAGAAUCUGUUCCCUUCUCAGGGCGCGCUCGGCCCCCCACCCUGCCAGCCUCCUCCUGGAUAUGCCCCAAUGCCCCCCCAGGCCUUCAACUCCCCGCUGUCCCCGCUGGUCCCUCCAGCCACCCUCUUGGUGCCCUACCCAGUGAUCGUCCCCUUGCCCGUGCCGGUGCCCAUCCCCAUCCCCAUCCCGGUGCCUCACAGUCCCGAAUCCAAGCUCAGCUCCGCUUGCCCCAAGCCACCGCCUUCCUUUGGCGCGCACCCCUUCAAAGGCGCCCAGCCCCCUCUGGAGAAGGAGGAGCGGAAGCCCUUCGAUAUCCUGCAGCCGAGCGAGUACUUCCAGCUCAGCCGCCGCACGGUCAUCAAGAUGGGGAGCGACAACGAGGCCCUGGACCUCUCCAUGAAGUCGGUGCCCUGGCUUAAGGCCGGCGAAGUCAGUCCCCCCGUCUGCCAGGAAGACGCGGCCCUAGACCUGUCGCUGGCAGCCCACCGGAAAGCCGAGCCUCCCGCUGAGACACUGUAUGACAGCAGCGGGUCCAUGGGCAGCCCAGGUCACGCCGCGAUGGAGAAACUUCCCAGUGGCAUGGAAGUGUCCUUUGCCCCCGCCACGGCCCCGGGGGCCUCGGCUCUGAUGGAUAGCCACGUGGGCGGCAGCCACCCCACCCAGCUGCCCAGCCAGCCCAGCCAAGCCGGCAGCGAGGUCAAGGCUGAAAAUCACAUCGAGAUGGUGAGCGAGUCCCAGGCGGCCAAGGUGAUUGUCUCGGUGGAAGACGCGGUUCCUGCCAUCUUCUGUGGCAAGAUCAAAGGCCUCUCGGGCGUGUCCACCAAGAACUUCUCCUUCAAAAGAGAAGACUCGGUGCUUCAGGGCUAUGACAUCAACAGCCAAGGGGAAGAGCCCAUGGGAAGCACCGAGCCCCUCCGGAAACCCGUCAAAAACCGGAGCAUAAAGUUAAAGAAAGUGAACUCCCAGGAAAUACACAUGCUCCCCAUCAAAAAACAACGGCUGGCCACCUUUUUUCCAAGAAAGUAAAUAAUGGCUUUUUAAAAUUUUUAUGAUUAUAAUAUGGGGAAAGGUGCAUUGGUUUUAUAAAAAGGCCUUUAAAGCAAAUUAUCUUUGUUAAUUAUUUUGGGGAGUAGUUGGGAAGCGGGAAAGCAAAUUGACUCUAGAGGCCCUGUAAGCUAGUAUCGUUUUCUUUUUUAAUUUUUGACUUUUCACAAAUGAGUAAAUAAGAGCAACCUAUUUUUCAAGCAGAUUGCACAUUUUUUGCAGCUUUAAUGGAAUAUUGGGUGAAUCAGAGGGGUAAAAAAAAAAAAAAAGCUAUUUUCAUUGCCACAAAGUGCUUUGAUGAUGUAAUACCUGAUAAAGGGUAGGAUGACUAUUUCACAAUAAAUGUUUGUUUGCACUAA